AUGGCCAUCUACGACACAAGCCCGCACCCAUCGCAGGAUGCUGUCUCCUGGUCGCCAGGGCAUUCGGGAAUUCGAGGAAAUGAGAGAGCAGAUACAUUAGCAAAGGCCGCAGCAGCCCAGAGGCCCUUCAUCGGAUCGACAAUUGCGUGGGCUAAAGCUAAUGCCAAAGCCAAAGCCCUGGAACAAUGGGUGAAGCAGUGGAAGGAAUCUGCUAAAACAUCACCUUCGGCCCUAUCCCUUACUCAUCCCCCGUCCUACAAACUUGCCAAGUUCCAUCGCACAUUUACCGGCAACCGUCGCACAUACUCUCACACCAUACAGGCCUCCCUCGGUCACGCGUUCGUCGGAGAGUACUUCUCCUGUUUUGUCCCUCGGCUACCAUCGUCGUGUCCAUGCGACGACACACUACUUCAAACUAGAGCACAUGUCCUCACUGAAUGCCCUCUCCAUGAACAUGCUCGCCACAUCCUUAGGGAAGCAUCGUCGUCACUCUCCCUCGAUUUCUUACUCGGCACGCAAAAAGGAUUAGCAGCUAUCGCUAAGUUCAUUCAACACUCAACUGCCUUCCGACGACAUGAUUGA